GAAGCACAGCUAGCCAAGAAAAACGAAGCGGCGCGAUUGUUGGAACAAGAAGAAAGCGAGCUUUCAAAACAUAAGCCAGUAAUGAAGGUGUCCGGCGAAGAGAAAAAAGCUAUAAAACGAACACAAAAUCAAGAGAAAGUGAGUGCAGAACGAAGAGAAAUUCCAGAAUUUUCUGCCUCUAAUAUCGAUGAUGCUCUAGACUUGAUGACAGUUGUCACAAAUUCUUCAACAGCUGUAGGAGGUGGUCCAGGACAAUCUGGUGGGGCUGUAAAUAUUGAAAAACAUCCAGAAAAACGGUUUAAGGCUGCAUUGGCCGCCUACGAAGAACGAGAAAUGCCAAAAGUUAAAGAAGAACAUCCAG